CAAGGUAUUAUGAGAUUUCUAAAUGCUCAACAACUUUUACAUUUAGUCUUAAGGUGUUUGGCAGUAAUGAAGUAAUGGAUUUUUGUUUUCAUUCCUUCGUUUCUUUGUUUUAACCCUUCACAGGGAUUCAAAGCUAAUGGUGUGUUUCUAAAAACGAGGAGAAGCUAUUCAAUCUGAUUAACAUCCUUCUUGGGUAAAAGAAGAUAAAAUAUGUAUGAUGCCCAAAGGAAAGGGAGCCAAAAGGACAAAAGUGACCCUCAAGACUGCAAAAAAGGCAAUACGGAUAACCCUGGAUGGAAGACGUAAACUCACUUUAAGCAACAUGGGUAUAACUGUCUUCCCAAAAUGUCUCUUCAAAGUGCCCAAUGUGGACGAGUUGGAUCUGAGCCGCAACCUGAUACAGAAACUCCCUGAUAACAUUGAUAAGCUCUCAUCACUCAUAUGGCUGGAUCUCCACAGUAACAAGCUGGAAUCUGUACCUGAGUCCAUAGGCAAUAUGGUGGUACUGACCCACCUGAACCUUGCUAACAACUGCUUAACCCCUGCGGGUUUACCCUCCUCAUUGGGUUCCCUCACCAACCUGAAGAGUCUCAAUCUAGGAAUGAACCAGCUGGAUGCCCUGCCUCCCACCUUGGAGCGCUUAUCCAGUCUCAGGGAGUUAGGCCUGUUUGAUAAUCUCUUCAUCAAGCCACCAGAGUUUUUGAAAGUUCUUCGCAACCUCACUAAGGUGAAUGUGAAACGAAAUCCUUUUACAUAUUCUCAGGGGGAUGGUGAGGCAAUGAAGAAGAAAAAGCCAGAGCUAAAAGAAGAUGCUUUCUUGGUCCACGAAAGCUGCCUGUGUAGUACAUGCCUUACGAAAGCACAGAGAGAAGGCCUUACAAGAGGGAGAGGAUGUGAUGCUGGUAAUGUGUUUCAGAAGGAAAAGAAAAGGAAUUAUUCUGGAUUGAUGACACCAAACUCAGUGGCCAAAGUUAAUCAGGAUGUGUGGAGAAUAAAGGAGAAGGUGGAAGACAAGCAAACCAUCAAACGUCCAAACAUCUGCUGAUUACUUAAAUUUUACUCAAAUUACUCAAAACUCUUGUAAGGAAUGCAGUGUUAAAGCAGUGUUACAGAGUUUAAUAUGCAUGUGCAAAAAAAUCUUUUCCUUAGUUUUCCAUGUAUUAUGUAGAAAUUAAAACAUAUUCUUAAAUAUGGUUUUUGGAUGCUUAGUAAAAUGAC